UAGGCUUUAUCCAACGUCCCACCGUUGAGGAAUUAUUUUUUGGAGGAGGAGAACUACAAGAGCAUCCAGCGCCCACCCGGGGACAUCAUGUUCCUGCUGGUGCAACGCUUCGGCGAGCUGAUGCGGAAACUUUGGAACCCCCGGAACUUCAAGGCGCACGUUUCGCCCCACGAGAUGCUCCAAGCUGUGGUCCUCUGCAGCAAGAAGAACUUCCAGAUCACCAAGCAAGGGGACGGGGUGGACUUUCUCUCCUGGUUCCUCAACGCGCUGCACUCGGCCCUGGGCGGCACGAAGAAGAAGAAGAAGAAGUUGGGGUUCCUCCCCCCUUGGGGGGGUUCUCCAGGCCCCCCCACCUCUGAGCUCAGUGUCCCGCAGCCGGCCGAGGAGAAGGCGCAGCUCCUGCAGAACAGCGAGUACCAGGAGAUGAUGGUGGAGUCCACCUUCAUGUACCUGACAUUGGACCUGCCCACUGCCCCGCUCUACAAGGACGAGAAGGAGCAGCUUAUCAUCCCCCAGGUGCCCCUCUUCAGCAUCUUGGCCAAAUUCAACGGCGCCACCGAGAAGGAGUACAAGACCUACAAGGAGAACUUUCUCAAGCGCUUCCAGCUCACCAAGCUGCCUCCCUACCUCAUCUUCUGCAUCAAGCGCUUCACCAAAAACAACUUCUUCGUGGAGAAGAACCCCACCAUCGUCAACUUCCCCAUCACGUGA